AUGGGUGCAAUGAUGUCUCUGUUAUAUGCCGAGCAUGGUGUUGAGGUACAUUAUUUCGAUCCCGGUACGUGGUAUUCAUCGGAAGUUCUUCAAUGGUUCCAAGUCAGUCGACCUUCUAACCAUGGAGUACGAAUAGAAGAAGACAAUGCCCGCGUUCUGGAAGACGAGGUGAAGAAAAUCCACCUGGAUGACCGUGUUUUGCGGCAUCAAGACUACAAAGAUCUCUGUGAAAGCCUCUCCUCAGCCAACUCACCCAAGCUUUUCGUAUUCAGCACGCCGCAUGGUUCCGCCGGCGACGAGAUCGUUCAAGGGCUACGGCCGUACCUGAAAAAGGGUGACAUCAUCCUUGACUGCGCGAACGAGCAUUGGCAGAAUACCGAACGACGACAACAAGAACUCGAGCCUGAUGGGAUCCAUUACAUCGGAUGCGGUGUCAGUGGCGGGUAUCAGAGCGCAAGAUCUGGGCCGUCCAUGUCGCCUGGAGGGGACGCGGAAGCGCUGAAGAAGGUGCUGCCGUUUUUGCAGCGAGUCGCGGCCAAGGACAGGCAAGGCCGUCCGUGUGUCACGGCGAUCGGGCCUGGUGGAAGUGGCCACUACGUGAAAAUGGUGCACAACGGUAUCGAACAAGGGAUGAUGUCAGCGAUCGCAGAGGUCUGGUUCAUCAUGAACAGGUGUUUGAAGAUGAAGUAUGAGCGGAUCGCAGAGGUGUUUGAAUCUUGGAACAGCGACGGCCCACUAGAAGACAACUUCCUCGUCUCCAUCGGCGUCGACAUCAACCGCACCAAGGACAAGGACGGCAAUUUCGUCCUCACCAACGUCCUCGACAAGGUGGUGCAGGAUGUCGACAACUCCGAGGGCACGGGGGUCUGGACCUGCGAGGAGACGAUCCGUCUACACGUGCCGGCACCAACCAUCGUCUCGGCCCAUCUGUUCCGCCUCGCUUCGGCCGAUGCAGCCCGCCGUCUGGCCGUGAACACAUCCUUCCAUGGCGGCGUGCCCCCGGGCAUCAUCAAACUCGAAGUCCCGCACGAGAAAGCGCUACCUUCGUUCCUCGAGGACCUGAGGCUUGCUCUGUAUGCGGCGUUCCUCUGCUCAUUCACGCAGGGCCUCCAGAUCAUCAAGGCCAUGGAUCGGGAGAAAGGGUGGGACCUCGACUACCGCGCAAUCCUGCAGAUCUGGCGUAGCGGUUGCAUCAUCAGGAGCGGCUACAUCUCAGACCUCCUGGAUGGAGUGCUGGCGCGUGGGGACCAUGACAAUGACAAUUUGCUUGCCAAUCGAGAGCUCGGCGACGAACUGGUCAAGUGCUUCCCUGCGCUGAAAAACGUCGUGCUCAAAAGCCUCGAGGCUGACGCAUAUAUUCCCUCGUUGAGCGCCACCCUCGAGUUCUACAAAUACUCGGGCUCGACAGAGCUGCCGACGCAGUUUAUGGAGGCCGAGCUGGAUUAUUUCGGCCAGCAUAGCUUCGACCUUAGAUCCGAAGGGCCCGGCGAGCCGGUCAAGGGCAAACAUCAUUAUGAAUGGAAGCCUGCACAGGGGAUAGCCGAUCAAAGGAAAAGUGAGGAAGAUUAG